AUGAAGUUUUUAACUACAAACUUUGUGCAGUGUGCCGUUCAGUCUUGUGCUCGCUCUUCUGAUGCAUUCCCUCUGAAAUACUCCGAGUGCCAGCUGGUUCAAAAAGAAAUCGAUUUCGACCCAGAGUUCAUUGCUCACAUGCUCCAAAAACUCGAUUGGGAUGCCCUGGUGGAGGUGGCUGCUGAGCUCGGAAACAGCUCGCUGCCGCCACAGAAACCAACCAUCGAAGAUGCCCAAGCUGCCGAAAACGAGCAGCUGCUCCGCGAUUUGCACUCGCUGCUCCUGGAGACCCAAAUCGAGCAGGGCGUUAUGACCUGCAAAAACUGUGGUCACCUGUACCACAUUAAGAACUUCAUUCCUAAUUUCCUUCUUCCUCCACACCUCGCAUAG